AUGACAAUUACAGGAGCUGCAACCACAACCACAGAAGCUCCAACAACAACAGCUUCAACUAUCAGUGCAGCACCAACAACAACUAUAACAACAACAUCUGCUCCCACAACUACCACCACAGCCACAACUACCCCAGUAGUACCCACAACAACAUCUGCUCCAACAACUACCACAGUAGUACCCACAACAACAUCUGCUCCAACAACUACCACAGCAGCUCCAACAACAUCUGCUCCCACAACUACCGCCACAGCUACAACUACCACAGUAGUGCCCACAACAACAACUGCUCCAACAACUGCCACAGCAGCUCCAACAACAACAUUUCCUUCCACAACUACCACCACAGCUACAACUACCCCAGUAGUACCCACAACAACAUCUGCUCCCACAACUACCGCCACAGCCACAACUACCACAGUAGUGCCCACAACAACAACUGCUCCAACAACUGCCACAGCAACUCCAACAACAACAUCUCCUCCCACAACUACCGCCACAGCUACAACUACCACAGUAGUGCCCACAACAACAACUGCUCCAACAACUGCCACAGCAACUCCAACAACAACAUCUCCUCCCACAACUACCGCCACAGCUACAACUACCACAGUAGUGCCCACAACAACAACUGCUCCAACAACUGCCACAGCAGCUCCAACAACAACAUCUCCUUCCAUAACUACCACCACAGCUACAACUACCACAGUAGUACCCACAACAACAUCUGCUCCCACAACUACCACCACAGCUACAACUACUACAGUAGUACCCACGACAACAUCUGCUCCAACAGCUACUACAGUAGUACCCACGACAACAUCUGCUCCAACAACUGCCACAAUUGAACCUGCUUACAAAAACUCGUUCCCUUCUUCCUUUUUCUCCUUGGCCGUUGUGAGCUUCAGUGAUCCCAACAACAAACACAACAACAUCAAUGACCACAGCUACUCCAACAAUUGCUACAUCUGCUGCAACAACUACUACAUCUGCUGCAACAACUGCUACAUCUGCUGCAACAACUACUACAUCUACUCCAACAACUACUAA